AUGGGUGUAAUAAGGAAGAACGCCGCCUCUCGGGGAGGUGAUGGCGGCACAAAAUACCAUUGCGACGUUUGUUCCAUUGAUAUCACGUCGACAGUCCGUAUAUCAUGCGCAAAUUCCGUCUGCCGCGAAUACGACCUGUGCGUGCCGUGCUUCGCACGCGGAGAGCACUCUAAAUCCCAUGAUCCUCGGACACACGAGUACCAUGUAGUCGAACAGAACUCCAUCCCCAUCUAUACCGACGACUGGGGCGCCGACGAAGAAUUGCUUUUGCUAGAAGGAUCAGAGAAAUAUGGCCUUGGUUCAUGGGCCGACGUGGCGGAGCAUAUUGGAGGAUAUCGAGAGAAGGACGAAGUCCGCGACCACUACACCAAUACUUAUAUCAACAGCCCAUUGUUUCCCCUGCCUGAAUUGGCCGACCCUGCCGACACGCGAUUAUUCCAACGAAUACCUAAGGAUGAAUUCCAGGCUCGGAAGAAACGGCGCAUCGAAGAGCGCAAGGAAGCCGCCAAGGCGGCGCCUCCUGCCACCCCGAAGCAGAAACCUACGGCUUCCGUGCCCGCGUGUCACGAGGUGCAGGGCUUCAUGCCCGGUCGUCUAGAGUUUGAGACUGAGUUUGCCAACGAUGCCGAAGAAGCUGUGCAGCACAUGACCUUCGAGCCCGGCGACGGCAUUGAUCCGGUGACGGGAGAGAUGGAUGAAGAAACUACCUUGAAAAUGACCGUCUUCGAUAUCUACAACUCCAGAUUAAAAGCUCGGACGGAUCGGAAGCGAAUAAUAUUUGAACACAACCUGCUGGACUAUAAGAAGAACCAGCUGCUGGACAAGAAGAGGACGAAGGAAGAAAAGGACUUGCUCCACAAGGCCAAGCCUUUCGCCCGAAUGAUGAACCACGAUGAUUUUGAGGCUUUGAAUCGGGAUCUGCUCCUGGAGCACAAUUUACGCAUUGCCAUCUCACAGUUACAAGAGUGGAAGCAGAUGGGAAUCAGCGACUUGCGAGGUGGUGAAAAGUACGAAGCUGAUAAGCAAGCUCGGGCGCUCCGCAAUCAGCCUCAAGGCCAGUUUGAUAGGAUGCCUCAGAUUCCCAAGAAGGGCAGCCAAAUACAGCAACCGGAGCUGCCCACAGAGGCCUCCAAGCUGACGACACCCGAACUGUCUCUUCGAUUCCAGCGGAAGCCAAAGACAGUGCCUCAGUUCACCGACACUCAACCGGUUGUACAGAAUGACUUCGACAAGCUUUUUGCAGAGGCAAAUGGGCCAGAUAUCUCUGCAGGCCCGAAACCUAAGGUGCGCUACGUUGUCCAGCCUCUGACAGGCACAACUCCUUGGAGGAUGGAAGAAGACAAGACAUACGCUCCGGAUCUCCAGCUUCUGAGCGAAGAAGAAAUCCAGCUCUGCAACACACUCCACAUCCGACCAAAACCAUAUCUUGCCCUCAAAGAAGGCUUGCUGAAAGAAGCCAUGAAACAAGGCGGGCAUAUGAAGAAAAAAGAGGCUCGAGGAGUCUGCAGGAUCGAUGUCAAUAAAGCCAAUCGCAUAUUUGACUUUAUGAUACACUCCGGCUGGAUUGCGAAAGCUUGA